AUGGACUGGUUGAUGGGGAAAGCCAGAGGGGUAAGUCGUGGCUUCAUGCAUACCCCUUCCAGUAUCGUAUCUUCCACUGCAACAGAACCUAUUCCCAUCGUUCAUCAUAACCAUUGUGUCUCUCCGAAUGGUACUCCGCCAUUGAUUACUAACAGUGUAAGUGUUGAAACUGACAGCAGACGUUCUCCUGUUCCUGUGAAAGAGUUUUCUGCAAACGAAUCUCGCGGCGGCCUAGCUACAAAGCUACGCGCCCCUUCGCCUCUAUCCGUAAACGUCCAAGUUUCUCAGGUGUCGAGUAAGUGUUCGCAAUCACCUGGGGUGUCUGUGGAAACAGAAAUCCACUCCGAUCCCAAAACUCCAAUGUAUAUGAAAAAUGUUUAUGUUUCCCAGCAAUUACCCAUAUUUUUAGAUUCAUCUUAUCCUGAAUUCUGUGAUGUUGUAGAGCCAUUUCCAGCUAUGGAUACAAAUGAGUGGCUUGCUGCACACACAAUUGCCUUGUUUGACAAUAUUAGUAUAAUAUAUGACGCCAUAUAUGAGCUCUGUAGUUGCCGAAGCUUAUGGGAGUCUUUGGAAGAUUCAGGAAUCCACAACAUUGUCUCCUCAUUGUUACUGGAAAUUUCAAAUAGUUCGCUUGGUGUGCAAAGCGAAGACGAUCGCGGCAAAAAGAACAAAAGUCUGAUUGUGGGCUCCAUCUCACAAUACAGUAG